AUCUAAAACAGCUUCAUUUUUUUUUAACACCCGGCAUGUAAAUAAUACUCUGUUGCGCUUUGCAUACAUAACGCUCAAUCGAUUUUAAGCGAAUAAAUACCGACAUAGUAGUUUUAGAACCCUUGCAACACUUUAAUGUGAGCUGAAAGCCUGCUUGUGAGGGGCUGCAGGACACCCUGAUAUGAAACUGUGUAUGAAUUGAUCGGCUGAGAUGCUGUCCACCGGUCCAAAGCUGCGGCUUGUGCGGCUUUUGUCCUGCAUCACUCUUCUUUUACUUUUUCAAGUCACUGGGGCCAAGAGGGAUUUAAAAAGUGCCUGUUCAACAUGCAAGCAGAUAACUGAUAACUUCGAGAAGGGUUUUGACAGGACAGCAAAGCAGAACUUUGGUGGAGGCAACACAGCAUGGGAGGAGAGAAAACUGUCUAAAUAUGAGACCAGUGAGAUCCGCCUGAUGGAGAUCCUGGAGGGGCUUUGUGACAGCAGCAGCUUUGAAUGCAACCACAUGCUAGAGGAGCAUGAGGACCAUUUCGAGACCUGGUGGUUCAAAAGGAAAACGAAGCAUCCCGAUUUGCAUAAGUGGUUCUGCAUUGAGACCAUCAAAGCGUGCUGUCCGAAAGGAACGUUUGGACCGGACUGCAACGCCUGUGUGGGAGGCUCUGACACACCCUGUCAUGGAAACGGAAAGUGCGAUGGCGACGGGACUCGCGGGGGGAACGGACAGUGCAGCUGUGACCACGGUUACAAAGGGGAUUUCUGCCUCGACUGCAUCGACGGCUACUUCAAUGAAGUGAGGAAUGACACAUUCUCCCUGUGCACAGAAUGCCACUCCUCCUGCAAAACCUGCACGGGAGCGACCCACCAGGACUGCGAUGAGUGCAAAGAAGGCUGGGAGGAGGAUGACCAGGAAGCUUGUGUUGAUGUAAACGAGUGCUCGGCAGACCUUCCUCCUUGUAAAGAAGAUCAAUACUGCCUUAACACGGAAGGCUCCUACUCCUGCAAGGCCUGUGACAAAGAGUGCUCAGGCUGCACUGGAGCCGGUCCUGAUGAGUGCAAAGAUUGUGCCACCGGGUACCAAGACACAGAGGGCACCUGCACAGAUAUUGAUGAGUGCUCACAGCCAGAGUCGGUAUGCUCUGCGGAGCACCAGGAGUGUCUCAACAAUAAAGGCAGCUAUGCGUGCAUCUGUUCGGUAGGAUUUGAGGAGCUAGAUGGCGAGUGUGUCCAAACGCCACAACCAGAUAAAGAGGAGGACUCGGAUGCUGCUGAGACAAACACAAGUCCACAUAAAGAGCUUUGAUGUAGUAUUAACCGGGACCAAGGUGUGUCGAAAUUUCUGUGCAUCUGAAGGCGGUUUUAAAAAAAAUCCUCAACCACAUGCACUUACUGUACAAGCUGCACUUCAAACCAACAGAUGCAGUUAAGACAUUGAAUUUUCAGCUGCCGAUCAUGGACUUAAGGACAAAAAGAAACAAUUCAUGCUCUGAGUAAGCUGGUCAUUGUUGUUUCUCCUUGGUGUGCUCAAACAACCACUUGUCUUUAUUUGUUGAAUGGUUUUAACAUUGCAAGUGUUUGAAUAAAGGUGAAUUAUGUCAAAUUUAACAAA